AUGGAUCAUUCGACAAGAUUUCGUGUUCAAAAUUGGUUGCGUUCGCAGCGAAAAAUAUUGCAUUCAAGAAUGUGUCUUCUAAUGUUAGUCAUGAUCAAUUUUGUGAAUAGUGUUAUUUUGACACUUGAAGUUUGUGGAGAGGAUUCCAAUUUGACAUUGCUCAUGUUUUUCGUGAAUACUAUUGUGGUUUUUCUAUCGAUGUAUGGAUUGUAUAAUUUUAAACCAGUGUUUUUAUCGCCGAAUGUUUUGUUGAAGGUUGGUUGGGCAAAGCUUAGGUCGGGCUAAUUCAAAGUUAUCCUAAGUUCAUAUUAGAUAUUUUUGUGGCUGGAAAAUAUCCAAAAUUUAAUUUUCAAAAACACUUCCUUAUCUUUCUUUCCCUAUUUUUCCAAAAAAUAUCAUCGAUAUUUUCACAGUUCGUUGAACUGAUAAAGAAAAGCGAAAAAAAUGAUCUCAUCCCAUGUGUUUUUAUCAAACCAAAACCAAGACAGAUUAAUUGAUAGAUCAUCUAAAGAAGUACCGAAAAAUAUAAAAUAUCUUGUUUUUUUCUGAAACAGUGAAAAUACUCAGAAUUUUUACCGUGACAAUAAUGAAUUUUGAAACUCUAAACGUAUGUUUGGCUCAAAAAAACCACGUGGAUUUUUUCAUUUGGUAUAAACAUUUUUUUUUGAAAUUAAAAGUGGAAGAAAAGGUUAACAAUUCAAUAAUUCAUUAUUUUUAAUUUUUUAAGCACUUAUGAUUUUUAUAAAAUUAUUGAGCCAAUUUUUCAGUUCAACAUAAUUUUUUUUGAAACAAUGAAAAUUUUUUUGAGGCGCCUUAACAACAAAUAAUAAUCAGCGAAAAACAUAAUAUUCUCGAAACAGUGAAUUUUUCAACACCAAAAUAUUUGCAGAUUGUCCUUUCAUCUUCUGCACUUUUCUAUGGUCUUCAAAUGGCUGAAACUCGUGCAAAUUCCUGUAUAUUUGCCUGGUUAACAAUCUCAAUAAUAUUAUUUAUUCUGGAAAUUCAUACCAUGUUUUCGACCACUUUCGAUAUAAUCAAACAACUAAAUCUUCGUGCCUACAGUAAGCCACCUCCAGCUUAUAAUCAAGUUAUGGCAAUUGAAGUUCAACCUCCAACAUAUGAAGAAGCUCUUCAGAAAAUGCGUCAGGCGCAACUUGCGUCAACGGAACAACAACCUGGUGUACACCAAUUAGACUUGACCGCACUUCCGGUUUAA